GGGGCGUGUCAGUAAACGCAGUCUCCCCUUUCAAAGCAAAUAUUCACCGGUCAUACAGAAGCUUUUCAAAACUGUCAUAUCACCAUGGCAUAUGUCUCUGUAGAAUCCGACGAUCGAUUGGAAGAGGGUCCUGAAGGACUGGAAUUCAAAUCUUUCCUCGGGGCAGAUGCAGGAAGUGAUGGCAGGACUCGUUCGGCGUCAUCAAAUUUGAACCGAGGUUAUUUGAGCGAUCAGACUCAGAGCAAAGGCCCGUCUGGCUUCUGGACUAUCGAUUAUUACCAAACAUACUUUGACAUCGAUACCUCCGCCGUCUUGAAACGGUGCUAUUCCACACUCCUCCCAACUUCCAAAAAUUACCUCUCCGAGCAUCUUACUCCUUCUGUUGAUCUAUACGGUCCAUUCUGGACACUUACCACGUUAAUUUUCACACUCUAUCUCUCGUCUUCCCUUGCGUCCUCCAUUUCCGCAUACCUUUCUGCUCCAGGCUCAGCAUACGACUAUGAUUUCCAACUCCUGUCCAUCGCGGUCACCCUCGUUUACUCGUACGGUAUCGGCCUGCCUGUAUUACUAUGGAUUGCGUUGCGCUACUUGGGCGUCGGUGAGUGGAGUGUGGUGGAAGCAGUAGCUGUGUGGGGCUAUGGCCAAUUUGUUUGGAUACCUGUUUCGAUACUGUGCGUCAUCCCUGUUCCAAUCGUGCGGUGGAUCCUUGUCGGCGUAGCCUUCGCGUUGUCAGGCUACUUCUUGGUGGCAAACGUAUACCCAAUCUUAGCAACUGCUGAGGCCAAAGCUACACGUUUGAUCAUUAUCGUUGUAGCACUUCUGCAUGCUGGGGUAGCUCUCACGUUCAAGAUCUUGUUCUUCAGCUACUACGUAGUGGCAGAGAUAGGGCCUGGAAAGGACCCCCUAGCUGAGGUACCUACCAACGCUACAACUUUGCUAGCCAAAAUGCUUUCAUAGUUGAUAUGCAUGUACUCAGCUUACUAUGUCAUUGCAAUUUACAAAGGCAUUCUUUUAAUGUGAAACACUGCGCACAUUUUCGGGAAUGAAACACAGAUCAUAA